AACAACACAAAAAAAAAAAAAAAUACAAUACUACAAGAACAAGUCUAAUAGAAAUGAUGAGAGAGAAAGGUAGAGAGAGAACAAGAAGGGAUAGAGACGGACAGGAUUCACGGGCAAGGCGAAUGGCAUUGAAUCGGGAGCAUGCAGAAUCUCAUGGAAGAGGUCACCAAUGGAGAGGGGAGCCAGCGUCCAUGGGGAGAUUGCAGAAUAAUCAAUACCAGGUUCGGAAACAGAAGGAAGAUGGGACAUACAACUGGGGUCUCUACAAACAAGCCACAUCAUAUGUCUUUACCAAUUGUCCAGACGAUUGGAGCUACGAAGAUAUGUGGAGAACGUUCUUGAAAUAUGGACGAGUUUAUGACAUCUACAGCCGAAGUAGAAAAAGCAGGAACGAGAGUAAAUUUGGCUUUGUGAGAUUUUUAGAAGUGAAAGAUAAGAAGGAAUUAGAAAGGCAGCUAGACCAAAUCUGGGCCGGCAUGGAGUAUAACAGCAAACUUGAAGAGCAUGCUUGGCUAGAUGGCUGCUAUGUCGAAACAGUUCACUCCGUGGAGAUGGUGCGAAAUUUACAAGAAAAGUUUUACAUGGAAGGUGAGACAGAGUAUCGUGAAACAUGGUCUACUAGAAGUGACUUAGCGAUGCAGGAUAUAGAAAUUGAUGAGAAGAAUGAAGAAGAUCAGGUCGGGUGCUCAAUUGAAGAAGAUGAUGACGUGGUGCCACGUAUGAAAGAGGGAGGGAGAAAACCUUCGGUACAAGCCAGCAAGGAGGAAUGGGAAUUAGCAGAAACAGGGGAUAAUAGCUUGGAAGAAAUUCAAAUUUCGAAUGCUGCUGCUAGAAGUACAAGAUUUUUAUUACCCGAAGAAUGGACCACAAAAUGGAGUGAUGUGAAACAGUGGGGAUUGAGGAGGUCAGUUUUAGACCACUGUCCUAUUUUGCUAAAGAAUGAAUGUGUUAACUGGGGCCCAAAACCAUUCAAAUGUUUUGAUGCUUGGCUUGAACAACUAGGAUGCAAAGAGGUGAUCACAAAUGCAUGGAUCAACAAUGAAGUGAAAGGGUGGAACAGAUUUAAACUCAAGGAAAAACUGAAAAGAACAAAACAAGAACUUAAAGAGUGGAGUUGUAAAACGAACACAGAGAUGGACAGCAAGAUAAAGGAAGUCGAAACUGUUAUUGCUGCAAUAGAUGAGAAAGGAGAGCAGAAUCAAUUGUCGGCUACUGAUGUAGAGAAAAGGAGAAACAACUUUAUUGAUCUGUGGAAGAAUUUGAGAAUUAAGGAGAGGAUGUGGCAACAAAAAUCAAGGAAGCUAUGGUUAAAAGAAGGUGACGCGAAUAAAAAAUUCUUCCAUAGAUGUGUGAAAGGAAGACGGAGAAGAAACGAGAUCAGUAGUGUCCAGAUCAAUGGAAAACAACAUACAGAAGUGGAAGAAAUAAAGGAAGAGGUUGCUAAGUACUUCCAAGAAAUGUUUGCAGAAGAAAAAUGGAAGAGACCUAAGCUAGAUGGGAUAAGCUUCAAGCAAAUAACAAAGGCAGAUAAUGAGCUUCUCACGGCAGCAUUCUCGGAACAGGAAAUUAAAGAAGCAAUAUGGAAUUGUGACUCAUCCAAAGCUCCAAGUCCAAACGAAUUCAAUUUCAAAUUUAUAAAGACGAUAUGGGAGGUCAUAAAACCAAAUGUGGUAGGCUUUGUACAAGAAUUCCAAGAACAUGGCAGGCUCGUUAGAGGGUCAAAUGCUUCUUUCAUUGUGUUAAUCCCAAAGACAGAAAGCCCCCAAGGAAUUGAAGAAUACAAACCCAUUUCACUAAUAGGAGUUAUGUACAAAGUCAUCUCAAAAUUACCAGCAAAACGAUUGCGAAAGGUGUUACCCAAGGAAUGCCUAAAAUCAAGCUUUGUUUCUUUUCUCAUAAAUGGCAACCCGAUGAAACAAUUCCCAGUUAACAGAGGCAUCCGACAAGGUGACCCGUUAUCCCCAUUCUUAUUCUUGAUUGUUGCAGAGGGACUGAACAGACUAGUGUCAUUGGUAGUGGAGAAGGAAUGGUAUAAAGGUGUGCCAAUUGGCAGUGGAGAUGUUAUGGUCGCACACCUACAAUUUGUGGAUGAUACCAUAUUUUUCGGAAAGACGCACAUGUGUAACCAAAUUGGAAGCGAAAGAGAUGGAUCAUGGGAAUGGAAUCUAGCAUGGAGGAGAAAUUUGUUCAAGUGGGAAGCGGAAGAGAUGAUGGAACUGCAAAACAUGAUAAAAGAUGUGAAGAUCUCACAAGGGCACCCUGAUAAUUGGGAGUGGAUUCAUGACAAGAAUGGAUUGCUUGAUGGCUAUGGAAGGCUUGUGCAAAGUGGUGGGGGACUAAGGUCUCGUUGGAAGUGGACUACUGGAAUACCUUUCAGAAAUUCGAAGUAGAGUCUAAAGAGCCAAGCAUCAAAGAAGGGUGGGAUUGCAUAUGGAAUUUAUUUGUUUGGACCAUGUGGUUGGGUCGAAACCAAAAGCUUUUCCAAGGCAAAGAGAUCAAUCCAGGGAAGCUUUUUGAACUCAUCCAAUUGAGGUCCUUUCUUUGGAUUAAAUCUAAAAAAAACAGAAUGAAAAGCAACCUCUUCU